AUGAUUAAUUAUAAAGAAAAGCAAAGCACAACAGAGUCCACCAUACACUAUCUCUCCUCUUCUGUCGUUUUUUUUUCUUCCAAUUUCGCAAUGGCUGCCUUAAAAUGCAAACCUGUAAAUUUAGUAGUUUAUGUUCUUAAUUUGGUUUUUACAUUCUCCGCUACUAGUUCCACAGCGGAGCUCCGGAGACUUUUGCAGCCAGCGAAACCAGAUGGUACAAUAAGCUUUCUCGUCAUCGGAGACUGGGGAAGGAGAGGCUCCUAUAAUCAGUCCCACGUAGCUCUUCAGAUGGGGGAAAUUGGAGAAAAGCUAGAUAUUGAUUUUGUAAUCUCUACGGGAGAUAAUUUUUACGACAAUGGGUUGCUUGGUUUGCACGAUCCUCUAUUUCAAGAUUCUUUUACUAACAUUUAUACUGCGGCAAGCUUGCAGAAACCUUGGUAUUCUGGAAAUCAUGACUACAGAGGUGACGUCGGGGCACAACUUAGCCCUAUGCUUAGGGCUUUGGACAACAGAUGGAUUUGCAUGAGAUCUUUCGUUGUUAAUGCUGAGAUCGUCGACUUUUUGUUCGUGGACACAACUCCAUUCGUCGAUAAGUACUUUGUCCAACCAAAUAAGCAUGUAUAUGACUGGAGAGGCGUGUUACCCAGACAUACAUAUCUUACUAAUCUCUUAAAGGAAGUCGACGUGGCAUUGAGAGAUUCAACUGCAAAGUGGAAGAUAGUGAUUGGUCACCAUACGAUCAAAAGCGCAGGCCACCACGGGAACACCAUUGAAUUGGAGAAGCGGCUUUUACCUAUUCUCCACGCGAAUGAUGUGGAUCUUUACGUAAACGGGCACGAUCAUUGCUUAGAGCACAUAAGCAGCGUGGACAGUAAAAUGCAAUUUAUGACGAGUGGAGGUGGAUCAAAGGCUUGGAAAGGUGACAUGAACUACCUGGUCCCAGAAGAGAUGAGGUUUUACUACGACGGACAAGGAUUCAUGUCGGUUCACAUCUCGGAACCCGAACUGCGUGUCGCUUUUUAUGAUGUUUCUGGACACGUUUUGCAUCACUGGAAAACUAACAAGGAGGCACUUUAUUUCGCUUCCUAA